AAAAUUAACCUUCAUAAUGUUAUUUCCAGAACUCUCAUCAUUAGAUGAUUUUGAAUUUAUUAAUAAUCUUGGAUCAGGAUAUUCUUCUAGGUAAAUAUAUAAUUCUAUUUAUUAUAGUGUUGAUUUAUAUAGACACAUUUAAAGUAAUAAAAAAGUAGCCGUAAAGAAAAUAUCAAUUAAGAAUCUAUCUUAAUCUGAAUGUAGGAAAACAUAUGACACUGAGAUAACUAUUCUAACUAAAUUAAAGGGUUGCUAAAAUGUAGUUUAAUUAAUCGGUUUUGGAUUCUUUCCAACAAUUGAUAAUAGUACAAGAAGAACUAAAACUUUAUAUAAUUAUUUCCUUAUUUUAGAAUAUAUUGAUGCACAACCAUUAGAUAAAAAUAGUGAAAGAAUUAUUAAAUAAUUCUAUCACAAACUUUUAUAAAGUAACAUCCAUUAAUAUAAUGUAGCUGUUUAAAAAGUUCAUGAAUUAGGAGUAGUUCAUAGAGAUCUUAAUCUUAAUAAUGUGAUGGUUUAGAAUAAUUAACCAAUACUUAUUGACUUUGCAUUUGGUGCUGUUACAAAUGGUAAAUAGAAAUUUGCUGAAUUUUAUGGAACUAAACCUUAUGUGGCUCCAGAAAUUAUAGAUGGAUAAUCUUAUCUUCCAUAUCCAACGGAAGUAUAUAGUUUAGGUGUUAUUUUAUUGGAAUUAAUUAAUAAUAAUGAAACCUAAGAAAUAGCUGCCUAAAUGAUGCAAUUAAAUCCAUAUAAAAGACCUAACCUUGAAGAUGUUAUUACACAUCCUUGGUUUAAUUUAUGA